AUGAGCUGGGGGGCUAUUGUUGGACCUGGAUUUCCCUCCAGAAAUCCGGCCCAUAAGGCCCAUCACCUAAGUCCUAAGGUCAAGAUAAGUCCACUCAGGCCCAGUAAAAGUGACCUCGAGCCCACCAAGUAUCCUUGUCCAAAAUCCAGCUGUUUACUGUCCGAGCUACUUGUGAAGACGAAGUCGAGCUCUAGCUCGACGGAGUCAAGUCCGCAAGCUGAGUUUGAACGAGUCAAACGAGAAUCUCGCUUCGACGUUCAGAUCCGGAAAUAG